AUGUGGUAUUGGCAAGAUCCUGUACCGUCGAAGACUUAUGCCUUAGAGACCCGGUUCGAGCCACAAGUGGCCCGAGGCCCAAAUGUUGCCAAAAGCAUGAUCAACCGGCGCUAUGCUUGCUUUGCGGAAUUUGGCUCAGCAGAUAUAGUUUCAAGGCUAAGCGAUGAGAUGUUGGAGCUCCCUUUAAAUGAAAGCGAUGCCGUAGAAGACAUCGCGGAAGAUUAUCGCCGUGGAAUCAGCAUUGUGAUCUUUCCUCAUCACUUUGGAUCGCGGGAUAACAUAGUUGGUACAAUCCUCCAUCACAUCGACCACGAACAAGACGCCGGUCCCGCGGUUUCUCAUCACCGGAGGCCCGACUUCGGCUUGCAGAGCAUAUCGUCCUCGGCCCAGCAGUGGAGUGACGCCAAUCCCGACGUCACGACCGACGAAGCGCAUGCAGCCCCCCGCCGACGGGGCGUACGGAGGACCUGUGCCUUCCACCGGCGGCCAAGCAACCGAAGAUCGAACACGGUACGAUGGAACCGCCCGAACCGGACCCCGCCACGCCAUAUCUCGGAGCUGCGGGCGAGCGCACAAACAAGCCACAGAAUCCUAUCUGAGGCAUAUCGGCCCGAGUGCGCUCGGCAGUGCUCUCGCAGAGGCCCUCCUUUCGAGCAACUGCUGCAUGACACGGCCAAGGGACGAUAAUGGAGAUGCAUGAGUAUUGGUGAUGCACGUCGGAUUGAUUGCGUCCCUCCAUGAACAGCCUUGUGCAUUGCCAGGAAGGAGUCUGUGCAGACUCAGACGUGGAUGAGGGCCCGGGUCGAUUCUAGAAUGCGAUGUGUUGUUGCCGCGGUUGCAAAAUGUGACACAGUAGGCAGAGGUGAUUGGGCGCCAACCCUGGCGGGCGUGGCCGGCGGUCUUGUGUCGGCAACGCGACGAGCAAGAUCCCGUCUCUACACUCCCUUGGCGGCUGCGAUAAAGGCAAC